CAAUGAGCUACAGUCAGCUGCUGAGCCAGACCUCCGGGGUCCCUCAGCAGAAACCCCUCAUCAGGAAUCGCUGGUGAUCCCUCGAUCUAUCCCUCCUUCGUUGCCCUCACUUCUCCUCCCCCCACCCGCUCUCUCUCUCUCCGCGUCCCUGUGAGGACGUACGCGCAACGGAGCGGACCCACUUCAUCUCCUGAAGCUGAAGGCAGGCAGCAUCUCUGCGGACUCGGUCGGUGUGUUGCUCCCUGCCUCCCUGAGAGCUCCGUCCUCUCUGUCUCUCUAGGUCUCACUCAUAUCGAAAGCGCGUGCCAGGUGUCAUGACGCACCAAAAAAACUGGCGCGUGUCCUAAACUUCUCCCCGCUAGUGUGCCGCGUGCGGACUUGAAGUCGUCCCUCCCUCCGUCCCUCGCGUGCGUGGAUCAAUCGUGUGCGUCAGCCCCGGGCCCGUUUGUCAUGUCCGUCCCGCUGUCACCGCUGAUGAUGUAAUUGUUUCUCUCCCAGAUGGUUCUGCGCUCCGCUUCUCCUCCUGUGUCGCUGCUCUCAGACUGAAAAGAGUCGCUGCAGAAUGUGCCUCUGAAACUUGGACCGCCGACAGAAAACCACCACAUGAAGACAUUUUAAACUUCAACUCCUACUAAACUUGAUCAACUUUCCUUAACAGGAGCGAGCAUUUGAUGCGUUGUGUUCUUGAGGAGAGCGAUGGGGAGAAAUCAUCUGCAUUUGUGGUCAUUUCCUACGAUCUAGUGGAUGUAUGGAGGAGAGCAGUCCGAGGAUGACCGGCGGAACCCGGGAGGCUCCGGUGAACAUCUCCCCGGCGGUGGCUGCCCACGCAGAGGGCGAGGAGAUCGAGGUUUUGGAGAGUACCGACAUCCUUCCCGUUGCUCCAGAAGAAGUCCAAUGGAAGUCUCUGUUUGACAAGUACGACCCAGAGAAUUCAGGCUUCAUCAGUACAGAGCAGUUCAGGGACCUGCUGACGACCCACGGCUCUGAACUUGACCCCCACAAACUGGAAGUGCUGCUGGCUCUCGCUGAUGGCAACGCUGAUGGAAAAAUCUGCUACCAGGACUUUGUCAACUUGAUGAGCAACAAGCGCUCCAACAGUUUCCGGAGGGCCAUUCUACAGGGGAGCAGGCAGCUAAAAGGAUGCAGCCUCAGAGAUGAAGUGGGCUUGGGGCUGUCCCAGCGACUGGUUCGCCAUGUUGCCUAUGAAACGCUGCCCCGCGAGGUCGACCGCAAGUGGUACUUUGACAGCUACACAUACUGUCCCCCUCCCUGGUUCAUCCUGGCUAUCACCAUCGCAGAGGUCGUGGUGUUCAUGUAUUAUGGAAUCCAGCUGGAUCGCCUGGUCCUGCAGGUGUCCAGCCCAUCCUUCCUAAAAAGCCCCCUACCCUACCACCCCCAGCUUCGAGCCCAGUCCUGGAGGUACUUCAGCUACGUUUUCAUGCAUACUGGGAUUGAGCAUCUGAGCCUGAACAUGGCCAUGCAGCUGCUGGUGGGAGUGCCCCUUGAAAUGGUCCACGGUGCCCUGAGGAUCGGACUGAUCUACGUGUGUGGUGUGCUGGCAGGGUCUCUGGCGGUGUCGGUCACUGACAUGACGGCUCCGGUGGUCGGAUCAUCUGGAGGAGUGUACGCCCUUGUCUCAGCACAUCUGGCCAAUGUAGUAAUGAACUGGUCGGGAAUGAAGUGUCAGUUUAAGUUAUUCCGAAUGGCCAUGGCUCUGGUCUGCAUGAGUGUAGAGUUUGGUCGGGCUGUAUGGCUGCGGUUCUACCCUCCAGCCUUCCCCCCAUGCCCCAACCCCAGCUUUGUAGCUCACCUGGGGGGGGUACUGGUGGGCCUCACCCUAGGCGUGGUGGUCCUGCAGAACUACGAGCAGCGGCUUCAGGAGCAGUCCCUGUUUUGGAUAUUUUUCUUCGUCUACACGUUGUUUGUGCUCUGUGCUGUGUUCUGGAACGUUUUCGCCUAUAGCCUGCUGGAUGUGCGAAUACCCCUGGCACCAUGAGCUGUCCACAGUGGGCCAGCUGGCUGGAUGUGUCACCUCAGCAUUCACUUUCUGAGCCUCAUCUGCUGGUGAUCUAAGAUAUCCCACAGCCGUCUACUAGUUUUACUAACCCUAGCCUUACCAUUUAAGCUAUCUGCUCUUUGUCUGUGUCUGCUUGUUGUUAGAUAAUGCGGCAUCAGCAAAGAAGAAGCCUCGGAUUGAACACAACAGCAUUGCUUUACCUCUUCUGCGUAUUUCUCCUCAAUUCAACGGUGCCUUCUCACGAAGGCAUCACCUGCUGAAAGUAUUUCUGCACAUAUGCCUCUUGAUUUGAAGUGAAGGCAACGACACCCUACAGCGUUACAAAGUUUUUGGAUCAUAACAGUUUCUUAAAAUCCUCUUUAAGUAAAAUAAUGUGUUUACUCUUACAGAAGGUUGCUGUUUUGCUUUCCAUGCAAACGGGUCAGAUGAAGGAGAGAAUCAGGUGCAACACGUAGCACAACAGUUAGCCUUUCAGAGAAAACAUAUUCUAAAAGUCACCUUUAGAAGUUGUAGAGUGCUGGUCGCUGUUUAAUAUUGUUUUCAGGAAUCAAAAUACAGGCAUGGGCCGGUUGCAGGUAUCAAGAAAUAAUAAGCAUAUUAAACCACCAAAAUCUUCCAACAUGUCAUGCCUACUUUUUAAAGUCCAUUAAAUCAGUGCCCCAAUAUGUUAUAUUUUAGUAUAUUUUAGUCUAAAUAAUCAUUAAUUUUCUGCUUCAGAAAACGCAAUCAGAUCCUGUUAUACAUUUUUUGUUUUAAGAUUUUGUGUAAAUACCAUGACAUCGUGGUAUUUUUACUCCAAAUCAUCAUACCGGGAGAAUCAUGUACCGGCUCAUGCCUAUCUAUGAAAAUUAUAACAUGUUUAGUGCUUUAAAAUCUUCUGUCCUGUCUCUUUUUUUGUGUGGAGGGAGUGUUUGUACUGAUAAAAAAAGAAACAGAAGUGCCAUUCAGACUUGAAACCUUUUGAUGCCAAAACAUUGCUGCAAGCACUGGCGAGAAGUGUGGCCCUAACGAGUGUUGCUAGGUUUUGUCAUUAAGGUGUCUGUCAAACGGAAGAGAAAGCUUUCAAAUAAGAAUUUCCCACUGACACAAAUAAAUGCUGUGAAAUUCUUAGCCAUCCUAACAAUGCUCUCCAUUUGCAGUGAUUGUUACAAAAGUAUAAAAAACCGUAAAUGAUGAGAACUUUAUUCAUUCAUGGUUGGGUCUCAGUGAAUAAUUUUCUUGCUCUCAACAUACAUCCUUGACCUCAAAUCCUUCUGGUCUGGGUUGUUUCAUUUUCAGUUCAAAAGCCAACUAGGCAAAGAAUAAAUCAAUAUUCGUCUAUUAGUUCCUGCCUAAACUUAACUUGUUAACUGAUUGGAGCUGAAAUAGGAAGCAAGCCCUGCCCAAAGCUUCUCUAACUGUACUGUAUUUUAAGGCUCAUGUUACACGCUUUACUGACUAUUAAUCUAAUGAAGCCCAGAUUAUUGUUUUCACAUGUUGGAUUUUUUAUGCGGUGAAACUGGUAUGUUGUGUAAUUGUUUGGACAUCAAAUAUGUUCAAUAUAUUCUGUAUGUAUCCUAUUUAAUUAAAGAUUAAUGAUGGCCUAGGAUUGUACAUAAUAAGGGCUAUUACACCAAACUGAGUGAGGGGUAAAUCGCAGAUAGUAUUUUAAUGUUGUGAAUAUUUUGUAGAUUUGAUAUGUGCAUAAAAGGGGUCCAAUAAAAAGUUUUAUACAAAUCUUAA